UCAACUUGGCAGCAUGCGCUUCGCGGCCGCGAUCUUCCUCGUCGCGCUCCAUGCGAUGGCCGUCGCCCAUGUCCACGUGCUCACGGAGAAGACCUUCAAGAAGGAGGUCCUCGACAGCCCGGACUACUGGCUCGUCGAGUUUUACGCGCCAUGGUGUGGCCACUGCAAGCAGCUCGAACCAGAGUGGAAGAAGGCAGCCAAAACGCUCAAGACAACGGCCAAGCUCGGUGCUGUCGACUGCACCUCGAACGAGCAGCUCGCGCAGCAGUUUGGCAUCCAAGGCUACCCGACAAUCAAAGAGUUUGGCAAGAACAAGAACAAGCCCCAGGACUACCGUGGUGGGCGCACCGCGCGUGAGAUCGUGCAGCACGUCAAGGCGUCGCCGCUCGCUGCGCUCGGCGUCUCGUCCAGCGACGCGGCGGUCCAGGUCCUGCAAUACAAAGACGUCUACUCGUUCUUGGCCACCGCACCACCCAAGACACCCAGUGCGAUCCUCUUUGGCCGCAACAAGCGCAAGAAGGGUGAGAAGGCGAAGCCGCGCUGGCUCAAUGACGUCGCGCUGUCGUUUGUGUCGCCCGAUAAGAAAUCGAUUCUGGUGCAAUUCGGGUUUGUCGCUGGCAGCGAAGCCAAGAUCGUCAAGCACCUCGGCCUCGACGAGGCCGACUUGCCUGCCCUCGUGUACGUGCACCCGGAGCAUGGGUACACGCAUGUGGCCCUCACCGACGCCAAGCCAGCGCGCCAAGUGACCGCGUUUCUCAACAAGGCGCUGACGUCGGACGUGGGCGUAUGGUCGCCGCUGCCAUCGUUCCCACCGCCCGAGGAAAACACGCCGAGACGAAAGCCACCUAUUGUCGUCACCGAGACGACGGCGGCGACGUUUGAUAACGACUGCCUCGACGCAGGCGACAGCAAGCUCUGCGUGCUCUACAUCCCACGCGACCCCAGUGCGUUUGACUUGAAGGCGGUCGCCAAGAACUUUCGCCGCGACAAGCUCGCCUUCUUUUGGCUGGCCCCGACGUCGCCCCUCGUGCCUGUGCUCGCGGACUGGGUCGGUGCGACUUUGGAUCCCCCUGAACGCGACGGCCACUGCAUUGUCUUUAAGCCAACGUCGCGCGGCCGCCUUCGCGUCACGGAGAUGACCAACAUCAUGGACAAUGGGAUCCUCGAGAUGUUCUUGUCGCACAUCGUGGAAGGCCUCGAGACCUUUCGUCCGCUCGUCGGCCGCCCGCACUUCACCGAGGAAGCUGGCUACGAUCACUCGGAGCUCUAACCAACGCGCGUCCAAAGCAGCCGCAUUUUGACAAAAUUGAGUGCGCAAAGCGUGCUACCG